AUGGCAAACGCGAAUGUGCAUAGUGCGUCGUGUGCGCCAGUAAGUGCUGUGUUUAACUGUCAAGCUACUAAAGUGCUGUUACCAGUACCUACCGAAGUGAUAAUGAAUUAUAAAAUUGUGUUCCUUAUCGCCGUGAUGUUGUCAACAGCCAGCACGAGCCCUUUGUGCGCCUGCGGAAGAGUAUACACACCCUUGUGUGCCUUGAUCCAGAACGAAAAGAGGACUUUCAGCAACUUCUGCGAAUAUAAGUGCGUUCACGAUUACGUCAUUGAGCGUGGAGGAGCUGCCAGCAUAUUGAUCAAUGGAGUACCAUGCUAG